CCAAUACAGAUUGUAUCCGUUGGAUAACCACAUUUUGGUUGAUCAGACGGCUAAUAAUUUCAUACGUAUUCCCAACGACAAGAAUGAAGAGUUGUGAUUCAUCCAAACAAAGCGUAGCCAGAAAAAGAAAAGGAAUGAAAUAUUGAAUUUAUAAAUUUUGUGCAAUGUCGUUCCGAAUAAAAAAGGAGCACGAGGGCAAUUAUUUAGAGUUGAGUUACGCUUUUGCAGUUGCAUUGUUCGUUGCUUGGUGAAUGGUAAUACUGUGUCAUAGCUUCUUAUUCAGCAUUAACAUUAUUGCUUACAAGCUGUUCGACGAAAUGCCUGAACCAUGCUUUCCUUUACUAAGGUUCCAAUUCAUUUCUUUGUUUCGCCUACAAAUUUCUCUGGAUUGCACCAUUCUUUAAUACCCUUCAAUGUUUUUGAGGUUAAUCCGGGAAACAAGAAGCAAAAGCUUAUGUCUUUGCACUUUGUUGAUGGUAAAAGGGAUUUUUGCUGGAGUAAUUUUAGUGGGUUUGUUAGGAGGUGUAGAAAAGAUUGGGAAACUGAAGGUGAUUUUGCAUUGGAAGCUGAGAUUUUGGAGUUUAUGAAGAAUUCUGCGAAACCUGGAGCAUUUCCAAGCAAGAAGGAUUUAGUUGAUGCUGGAAGGACUGAUCUUGUUCAGGCUGUUUUGAAGCAAGGAGGCUGGAUUGCUUCUGGUUGGGACUUGGAUGAUGAGGAAAAGGCGGUUUCAUAUACCGAUGAUUAUAUAAGAGAUCAAGACUUCCAGGAUGGUGUUAUUCAGGAAAGGGCUUUAGAGGGCAAUGCAGAGAAAAGUCAUGAAGUUUCAUCCCCUAAUGGUUCUUCGUAUGCUCCAGCUGCUUCCUCGUCUGGUAGAUCACUAGAAGCAGAAGCUGAGGAUGUUUCUGGAAUUGAGGGUAUACUGAAUCGGUUGGAGAAAGAAAGGAAUUUGAAUUUUGGGUUUGGUUUAAAUGAGAGAGGAGGCAGUACUCAUGUACAAAGUGAUGGGAUUGCACAUGAAUUUUUGGCUAAAAGCUCAAAGAAUGUGACACUUGCUGGCCUAGAUAAAGACAGUGGACCUGCAUCAUCAAGGCCCAACAAUGGUAUAAUCAAUCAUUCAGAGGACGUGCUUGGUUACAGCAGGUCUCAAUCAAAUAACGAUAGUUUCAGACAUUCACUUAAGCCAGAUUCUUGGAGAAUGUGGAGCAAUAACAGGGCCGGGGCUGCGGAAAUGGAGUUUGAAGCUGAUGAAUUCGUCAGUCGCGGAACUAGAGCAGGAGAUGAGAUUGAUGCCUUAGAAAAAGAAAUAGUAGAAAAAAGGGAAGGUGUUACUGCAUCUUUAAGCAGAAGCAACGAAAACACUUCUAAGGAAAGAGUUAAAUUCAAUGAAAUACGGAGUCGUCUUCAGCACCUGGAGUCCGAACUAUCCUCUGUACUGGACUCAUUAAAAUCAAAGACUGGUGAAGAUGCAUCACCAAAAGUGCAGGAAGGCUCUUCUGAUGAAUUAGUCCAGCUUUCUGAUGCUUGGGAGUUCCAAGAAGAUGAGAUCAUGAAAGCUCAGGAUAGGUUACGUUCAAUACGAGCAAAGUUAGCUAUAUUGGAAGGGAAAAUGACACUUGCAAUAAUUGAAUCGCAGAAGAUAGUGGAGGAAAAACAGAAACGGGCUGAUGGUGCCCAGCGUGCUUUACAACUUCUUCGCACUGCAUGCAUAGUUUGGACCAAUUCAGCAUCAGAAGUGCUCUUAGCUGGAUCUUUUGAUGGAUGGACAACCAAGAGAAAGAUGCAGAAGUCGGAUGUCGGCAUUUUCUCCUUGUGCAUGAAACUGUAUCCAGGCAAAUACGAGAUUAAGUUCAUUGUUGAUGGCGAGUGGAAGGUGGAUCCCCUCCGCCCAGUUGUUUGCAGUGAUGGAUACGAGAAUAAUAUACUCAUAAUCACAUAAUAUAGAAAUUAUGCCACGGAGAGCUCAAUCUUGAAGAAUGGAACCCGAGUUUUCUUUCUUUUAGAAACAAAUAGAUUAAGUAGUAGAUGAUUCUUUAAUUAGGAGAGGAAAUAUUACAUAUAUGCCUGUCUGUAACCCCCAAUUCUUGAUUGUAAGUUGACGUAAAACAUUCAUGUGUAAAUCUAUGUACUAUUCCAAUUUAUUUCUUUAGAUAACAUUUCUGAAUGAAGUGUAAUUCCGAAUUGUUUACUGUAAAUUAUGCUUAGCUUAAUGUAAUUUUAGUAUGAAUAUUGCCA